AUGAGUUCCUCCUUCUUGGGCGGUGAUCUUCUGGCUGCAGCCGCCCAGCGCAAAAUCGCCCGGACCGCUCGCAUUUCCAGCUGGGACCAAAGUGGACUGAAUGAAGAUGCCUUUGUUGUGCAGCCUGGAGAAACAGCUGUUCUGGCUGAUAUCGAGGGUCCUGGAAAGAUCACCCAUCUCUGGUUCGUCCAAACAUGCCGCCGGAUGCUGGGCCCCAGUCUGAUCCCCUACUCCAAAUCCGGUGUCGCCAUGAUGGAAAUCCACAAUGCACUGGGUCUCAGCUUCGAGGACAACGAUCCCGACUACUAUCGGAAGAUCCUUAUCAAGAUGUACUGGGACGACUCUCCCACUCCGAACGUUCUCGCGCCAUUGGGAGACUUUUUCUGUCUGGGCCAAUCCAUGGCGGCCAACUUCCAAUCUCUGCCCUUCACCGUCUCCGUCAAGCCAUCCGAGGAGAAAAAAUAUGGGGGAGCGGCGGCCUUCAACUGUUACCUGCCCAUGCCAUUCAAUAAGCGUGCGCGGAUCGAAGUCGAGAACCAGGGCAACCAUGCCUAUAUCCAAUAUUUCUAUAUCGACUACGAGCUGCGCCUCGCCCCCUUUGACCCAACCGAUAUCCUGUACUUCCACGCGCACUGGCGACGGGAGAAUCCCACUCCGGGCUGGGCUCCGUCCAGCAUCCAGACCAACAGCCUUGAGACACAGGUGCCGAACCUCGACGGUGAAAAGAACUACACCAUUCUCGAGACCACCGGUGCAGGCACGUACAUCGGGUGCAAUCACUCAGUGACCCAUUUCCAGGGCACCUGGUGGGGAGAAGGCGACGAUAUGAUCUUCAUCGACGAUGACACCUGGCCGCCCUCCAUGCACGGCACUGGAGGCGAAGACUAUUUCAGUCAAGGCUGGGGCAUGCAGAAGAACGCCUUUCCUUUCGCAGGGACGAUCAUCCACGAGGAUGAUGUGCCUAAUACACAGGUGUCCUAUCGCUGGCACCUCCCCGACCCGGUGCGCUUCAAUAAACGGAUCAAGGUCACUCUGGAGCACGGCCACGCAAACCACCUCCGCGAUGACUGGUCCACGACGGCGUACUGGUACCAGACUCUUCCCGGCCCCAAGUUGGAGAUUCUUCCUGUCGAGCAGCGGCUUCCGCUGAGACCGCAAAUCCCAGUCCCGGACGAUUCGGACGUAAAGGUGGAUGGCCUGACUGAUCUCCAGAAAAGCCACAUUCGACAGAACGAGGAGCGAAUGAAAGCGUUCAUCGAGGACCGGGAUCAGUGGCUGGAAAGAAGGGCAGCGGCAAGUAGGGAGAGGGCCAGAAACAAUACUGAGAUUGCAAAGGAUAUCCGCCGACGAUUCUUCAAAAACGAACUGAAGAAAUGGGUGGCAUUCAGUCGCCAGUACUCUGUAGCAAGUUAG